CAGCAUUUUGCCAUACUGGCUCUCUACAUCUACUUUGUUCCCAUUUUGUUAUCAUUGUUUUUUAACUUCAAUCCAAGACUGGUCUGUUGGAAGUCUGCCGGCAUCAACGAAGCGAGUUCUUCUUCUAACACCAAAGAAAAUGGGGAUCGACUCUGGAGUUAAUAUUUCAGAUGAUGUUGCACCUUACGGAGGAAAAAGUGCCUUUACUCAAACUGAGCACAACAUCGUGGCUGGAUAUCUUAUUACUGCAGGAGUCAUCAGUUUAACAAGCAACAUCGUGGUGCUGCUCAUGUUUGUGAAGUUCAAGGAGCUCCGCACGGCCACCAACUUCAUUAUCAUCAACCUGGCAUUAACUGAUGUUGGAGUGGCUGGUAUCGGCUAUCCCAUGUCAGCUGCCUCAGACAUCCAUGGCAGCUGGAAAUUUGGCUACACUGGUUGUCAGAUCUAUGCAGCUCUUAACAUCUUUUUUGGCAUGGCCAGUAUCGGCCUGUUGACUGUGGUGGCCAUCGACCGCUAUCUCACCAUCUGCAGACCAGACAUAGGGCAGAAAAUGUCGAUGCAAUCAUACAACCUUCUCAUUCUGGCAGCGUGGCUGAAUGCUGUGUUCUGGUCCUCCAUGCCCAUAGUGGGAUGGUCUGGAUAUGCUCCUGACCCUACUGGAGCUACAUGCACCAUCAACUGGAGACAGAAUGAUGCCUCCUUCAUCUCCUACACCAUGGCAGUGAUCGGAGUGAACUUUGUGUUGCCUCUGUCUGUCAUGUUUUACUGCUACUACAACGUGUCAGCCACUGUGAAGAGAUACAAAGCCGGCAACUGCCUGGACAGCAUCAACAUCGACUGGUCGGAUCAGAUGGAUGUCACCAAGAUGUCCAUGGUGAUGAUUGUCAUGUUCCUGGUGGCCUGGUCUCCCUACUCCAUGGUGUGCCUCUGGGCAUCCUUUGGUGACCCCAAGACCAUACCUGCCACGAUGGCCAUCAUCGCUCCACUCUUUGCCAAGUCCUCCACUUUUUACAACCCCUGCAUUUAUGUUAUUGCCAACAAAAAGUUCAGAAGAGCCAUAAUAGGAAUGGUCCGAUGUCAAUCCAGGCAGCGGAUCACCAUCAAUACCCAGGUUCCACUGACAACCUCCCAACAACCUCUGACCCUGUGAGAUGAAAUUAUUAUGACUCUGUAAAAAUGUACCCUGGCAUUGAAGCCAUGUAUAGAUGAUUGCUAUGAUGAAAUAACAUCAAUCACUAUAUUUCUUUCUGUUGGAGCUAUUUUUUGUGUUUUGAUUACCUAAGUGUGGUUUUUACUGUGUAAAUUCCACUUCCUGUGGCAUUGUAGUCAUUGUUUGUGUUCCAGUUACUCAAAUAACAAACUGACAAUGAAAAUC